UAAUAACUGUAACCUGUCAUCUUGUGCAGAAAGGGGAAGAGAACACAGAGCUUCUGUGGGUCAGAACCGAGUCCAGGGAACUUGCUGGACACUGACUCUCGACUUUAGCGCCAUCCUGUGGCAACCAUGGCCAUGUCGCUUUGUGAUGACACGCUCCUCUGUAACUUCCCAAAGUGUCGGGCCAAGCUGAGCGGCUUCGCCUGGGUCACGGCCUGCUCACAUGUUUUCUGCGACCAGCAUGGAUCCGACGAAUUCAGCCGUUCACCCGCCAUCUGCCCGGCGUGCUCCUCAGCGCUGUCUGGGAAGCUGGACAUUGUGAGGAUGGAGAUGUGUCCCUCUGAGGAGUACAAAGCCAUGGUUCUGGCCGGUCUGCGGCCGGACAUCGUUCUGGACAUCAGCGCCCGUGCUCUGGCCUUCUGGAGCUAUCAGGUUCACCAGGAGCGUCUGUACCAGGAGUACAGUCUGUCCCGCAGCGAGACGCAGCUCAAGCAGCUGGAGAAGGUUUUGACCCAGCAGAACCAGAGCAGAGAGCUGGAACUCACUGCCAUGAGGGGAGAAAUAGCCUCCCUCAAAAAGAUGAUGGAUGAGUACAAGAGGAAGUUCAGCGAGGCGUCAGAGAGGCUGAUGGAGAGGAACCGGCAGUACCAGAAACUACAGGGUCUCUAUGACUCCUUGAGGCUCCGCAACAUGGUGGUGGGUGCCAGUGACAGAGACGCGCAGCCUCAGCUGGGACACGACUUCACCUCCGGGACAGGGCAGCAGACCACUCCCCAGAGGAGUCCUCAGUUCCUGUCCAUAGGCCACGACGGUGACGGCCGCUUCUUCUCCUGCCUGGAGUCUGAUGGAGCAAAGACCUUCUUCCAGUUCAACUCCCCCGUCAGGGACAAAGGUCAGGUCUUUGUCAGGAAGUACUGAUCCGGGUGCAGCGCUGCCAGCCUGUAAAACCCAGUUCUCAUACUCAGAGCGUAGCUGAGUUCUAAUUUGUUGAACCCGAGCAGUCAAACGUGUUUGUGUAGCCUUCAGUGUGAAACUGGAAUUAAACAGAAUGGAAUG